AUGCUCAAAGCACGCCAGACCCGCGCUGCCCUGCAGUCUUUGCAGCAUGCCCGCCAAUUCUCCUCCACGCCAGCCGCAGCUGCUGUCUCACCUCACCGUCGAAUAGCUCAGGCUGCCCCGUCGAACACCGUCAAAGAGCCUACAAAGAGACCACAGAGCACAUCGGCAGCGACCGCGCAGGCGUCGGAAAGACCAGUCCCAAGCCCUGCUUUCAAUCGAGACGACGGACGAUGGAACGAUGUACAGCCAUUGCGGCCGUACCGCCAGCCGGAAAUGGACCACUCUUUUGUGGGCAUGAAGGGUGGAGAAAUAUUCCACGAGAUGAUGCUCAGGCACGACGUCAAGCAUGUUUUCGGUUACCCUGGUGGGGCCAUUCUACCUGUUUUUGACGCCAUCUACAAUUCGAAGCACUUCAACUUCAUCUUGCCAAGACAUGAGCAGGGUGCUGGACACAUGGCUGAGGGCUAUGCGCGGGCCUCAGGCAAGCCUGGCGUUGUCCUGGUCACCUCGGGACCCGGCGCCACCAACGUUGUAACUCCAAUGCAGGACGCCCUCAUGGAUGGCACACCGAUGGUCGUCUUCUGCGGCCAGGUGCCCACCACAGCCAUUGGCUCCGAUGCCUUCCAGGAAGCUGACAUCGUCGGCAUCUCAAGGGCCUGCACCAAGUGGAAUGUCAUGGUGAAGAACAUUGCCGAGCUCCCCCGGCGCAUCAACGAAGCGUUCGAGAUCGCUACAUCCGGACGACCGGGACCCGUGCUCGUGGACCUACCGAAAGAUGUAACGGGUGGUGUGCUCUCGCGACCCAUCCCUAUGACAAGCACUCUCCCCCGCCACCCCAGCGCUGCGACUGUUGCCGCACAAGAGCUCAGCAAGAAACAGCUCGAAGGCGUUAUCAAGCGCUCGGCCAACCUUAUCAACAUCGCUAAGAAGCCUGUCAUCUAUGCCGGACAAGGCAUUGUUCAGGCGCCCGACGGCUCUCGUCUCCUCAGGGAGCUUGCAGACAAAGCAUGCAUCCCUGUAACAACCACUCUGCAAGGUCUCGGAGGCUUCGAUGAGAUGGAUGAGAAGUCGCUGCACAUGCUGGGCAUGCACGGAUCCGCGUAUGCCAACAUGGCUAUACAAGAAGCCGACCUCAUCAUCGCUCUCGGCGCCCGGUUCGACGACCGCAUCACUGGCCACGUCGCCCGCUUCGCGCCGCAAGCCCGUCUGGCUGCCAAGGAGGGCCGCGGCGGCAUCAUCCACUUCGAGAUCAUGCCCAAGAACAUCAACAAGGUCGUGCAAGCCACCGAGGCCGUGGAGGGCGACGUAGCGACCAACCUUCAGCUCAUGCUCCCACAGGUCAAGGAAGUCAAAGAGCGGCCAGAGUGGUUCACGCAGAUCAACGACUGGAAGCAGCGCUUCCCCUGGGCGUACGAAAAGGAAGGCGAGAACGGCCUCAUCAAGCCCCAGACCGUGAUGGCGACGCUCUCGAAGAUGACCCAGGACGGCGAGCCCGGCAAGACCAUCAUCACAACCGGCGUGGGCCAGCACCAGAUGUGGGCCGCGCAGCACUACCGCUGGCGACACCCACGCACCAUGAUCACAUCCGGCGGGCUCGGAACCAUGGGCUACGGGCUCCCCGCGGCCAUCGGCGCCAAGGUCGCCCGCCCAGACGCCCUCGUCAUCGACAUCGACGGCGACGCCUCCUUCUCCAUGACGCUGACCGAGCUCAGCACCGCCGCGGAAUUCAACAUCGGCGUCAAGAUCAUCAUCCUCAACAACGAGGAGCAGGGCAUGGUGACGCAGUGGCAGUCACUCUUCUUCAACGACCGCUUCGCGCACACGCACCAGAAGAAUGCGGAUUUUGUCAAGUUGGGCGAUGCGAUGGGCGUGCAGGCUGAUCGGUGCAUCAAGCCGGACGAGCUGGAGAGCAAGCUUAGGUGGUUGCUUAAUACGGAGGGCCCGGCGCUGUUGGAGGUCGUGACGGAUCAGAAGGUGCCUGUGUUGCCGAUGGUGCCGGCGGGGAGCGCGUUGCAUGAGUUUUUGGUGUAUGAUGAAGCCAAGGAGAAGGAGCGGAGAGCUCGCACAAGAGAACGGUCGGGCCGGUAG